AUGGGCGCCUUGCUGUGGGCCGACUUUGUCCGUGAGAUCAGGCUUCUAUUCGGCGCUUCUGCAAGUGGUGACUGCCAAGGCUUCUCGGCCUUAUUUCUGGUCUUUGUGGCACUGGUCUCUUCGCUAGGGGGCUUGGUAUUUGGUAUCCUGAUUGCUGCACUGAUUUUUAGUCCUGGGUGCCGACAGUUAGUCGGAUUUGCGCUGCAGACGGCUGCUUCAUUUCUGCUCCCCAAUCGGCCUCAAACCCUCCGACCCAAUCUGGAUCUUAGAGGGGAGACACCCCUUGCUGGCCCUCGGGCCUCCGCUACUUCGGUUGCGGACCGUAGAGCUUUGCUGGAACGUGAGCUUUUGGUAGCAAGGUCUCCACAGGAUUUUCUUGCUUUAGAUCUGCAGGUCGUUGAGCAUUUGCUGCCGCGGCUGAGGGCUGACUGCCGCGGUGGUUGGACUCCAGCGGCAAGGCUGGGCAGGGCUUACAGAGCUGGGCUGAUUGCUCGGUCAAAUUUGGCCGGCGACCCUGUUUUUCUGGAGUCUCCAUCUAUUCCUUUGCGGAACACCGUGUACGUGGUCCUCAGAGGCAGGCCUGGCCAGAGAGCGGGGUGGACCACCGAGUUUGCAGUCUACGCCAGGGCAGUAUCAGGUGGGAAUCAGAGCCCUUUUCAUCCUGAUUCAGUUUCCCACGCUUUUGCCACAAGGACAGAAGUUGAGGCCUAUUUGUUGGGUGCAGAGGUAGACCCGUUUUUCCAGGAAGAGGGAUUAGCAGAAGAAGACAGACUGUUUGCCUCUACUCAAGCCGAAGUGCAGAUGGAGACAACGCGUGGGCGAGCUGUCGGUCAAGUUCCAGUUUUGCUGGUGGACGUGCCUUGGGAAUACUCAAGCUUUUUCACCCGAGCUCCAGCGCUUCGCGGGGAGGCGGCUCGGCAACUGCUGCGGUUUCAACACCAAGGUGGGGUAGUGCGGCCUACGAAAGCGGCACUUAUCGAAGCUGCAAAUGCUUGGGUCACAAGCCACAUGGACGAGGACACGGCUGGGGACUAUGCCUCCGCCGAAAGCGGCGCCGAUAUGCCGCCUUUGAUCCCUGUGGAGGAGGACGGCCAUGUCGAACAAUUGCAGCAGCGCAUUGCAGAGCUAGAGGCAGAGUUGGCUGUGAGGCCAAGGGUACCAGCUGGCGCGCCCGAGCGCGCAACCUCACGCCCUGCUCCUAUGUUGGGCGGCACUCCUACGGCUGCUGCGGAUCCUCAUGUCAUGGAGAAGCUGCGCAUGUUGGCAGGUGGAGAGCGGCAACUGGGGGCUACAGAAGACGAAGAGCUCGAAGAGGCCAUUGUGGCCAGCCUGGCGGAGAUGCAGGAUCCAGUUCAUCGUCUUGUGGCCUUGCAGAUGAAGCAGAACGCUCUGCUCAGCAAGCAGUUGCAGGGCAAGCAGCAGACCGAUCUUCUGGCAGCUGUUCUGAUGCCUCACACGGAAACGGGCUCCUCCAGUUCCAGCGGCAUGAAGGGAUGCCUGGCUCGAGACGCCUAUGUCAGGGUGAUGAACGACCUUCACAAAGUUGCCCAGGUCGCCGAGGAGAACGCCCUGGCAGAACUAGGCUGGGAUUCCGGGGGUGCGACCCCGGGGCUCAUGCGCGAGUAUGUGGAGCGGCGGAUGCCGCUUGGAGACCUACGGCAGAUGACGCAAUUUGCGUAUCUCAUGGCUGCAGCUUGGGAGAGCGGGCAUCGGCUGCAAAACCGCGAGCUGCAAGCUUGGGCGGUCAAGGCCCUGCUGUACGUGGAGCAAAGUGCAAUCGACAAUGGGCGCACUCAGAUGGGGUGGCUUCUGACAGGACAAGCCGAACCCAAUUAUCAGAUUUGCCAAUGGAACAAAGCUCGUGCCGGCCUGCGCCUGUUUGCGCGCUUGGCAGCUCCGGCAUGGAUCUCAGCCAAUGUCUCCUACAUGCGAGACCUCGACUUCAUCGAGCAGAAGUUGAAGGCAGCGGGUCCCACCAAAGAGGUAAAGGAGGAGGAAAAGGAGAAGGACAAGCCGCCCAGGAAGUUCCCGCCCAAAAAGAACAAGGGUCAGGGAAAGGGCGAGGACAGCACGACCACCGCAGCAGCGUAG